AUGGCAGCUGCUCCAGGGGAGUGUGUUGGCAGAAUGACCACCAACAUCCUUUUGGAAUGGGGUGAGACCGAUCUGGAGAGCUUUUUUGCUGAACGCGAGCCACCUGUCUUGGGAUCCGAAGAGAAGAGUACUGGACGAGAGUUUAAUGGACAACAUACUUCGAGUGCAAUCGAGUUUCAGGCUCAGCACCCGGGAUUUGCGAAGUUUGUACUGAAGAAACCCAACAACACUACCUACCUUUCAGGUGGUACCUCAACUUACGGUGCACCUGAGUUGGAGCGCAGCCCAAAAAGUAAAGCACCAGAUCCUGUCUCUCAGUCAAUCGAUAUCUGGUCGUUUGGGUGUGUUUUCUCAAUAGCCGCUACAUGGGUCGCACUUGGCUACAAAGGUAUCCUCGUGUAUGAAAGACUCCGCGAAGAUGCGAUCAAGGUUAUCUCGAGCGUUCAACAGGCCAAGAGACCCCCAGCCAGCCAGAUCAUCCCAGCCAACCAGAUCGCUCCAACCAGCUAG